GAGCACCGUCUUAACGUAAUGAGAGAUUAACGUUACUGUCUGUACGUCUGUUGCUUAACUUAGUCUUACCUCGAAAUACAUUCCCUUAGCUAUAGCAUGUUUUAAUCGUUCCCUUAUAUGCGGUUAGGUCUCCCAUCCCCCGUCAUCCUGAUACGAAGCAGCAGACAUGGUAGAGCCAGCAACACACAAGUUUGCAUCCCUACAAGAGGAGCUGGGCUUCUGGAAGGAGCAGGCAGAGGCACAUCAGCGACGGGCUGAUGAGGCUCAGGAGGAGCUGCAGGAGUUUCAGCAGAUGAGCCGAGACUAUGAAGCAGAACUGGAAGCCGAGCUGAAGCAAUGUGAGGGUCGAAACAAAGAGCUGCUUAUAGACAACAACCGACUCCGUAUGGAACUGGAAAGCAUAAAGGAGAAAUUUGAGGCUCAGCAUUCGGAUGCUUUUAGGCACAUCUCAACCCUGGAGGAUGAUCUGGCUCAAACCACUGCAGUGAGAGAUCACCUGCAGAAAUACAUCCGAGAGCUAGAGCAGUCCAAUGACGACCUGGAGAGGACCAAAAGGGCUACCAUCAUGUCUCUGGAGGACUUUGAGCAGCGGAUGAACCAUGUCAUCGAGAGGAAUGCCUUUCUUGAAAGCGAAUUGGACGAGAAAGAGAACCUGCUUGAGUCUGUCCAGAGGCUAAAAGAUGAAGCCAGAGACCUUCGCCAGGAGCUGGCUGUACGUCAGAAGGAAAGACGCCCGUCCAGCAGCCUCGGCAAAGACACAGAUCGAGCAGAUCUGCCGUACCCCUCAGCUGGUAACCCAUCCUUCCCUGUCACACCCUCCAAACCUAUCAGCUCAUUUGCAACGCCCCCUGCUUCCAGUAUCCGACGGGGUGACUGUCUAACAGGGACUCCGCUGACAACAUCUGCUAGAAUAUCGGCACUCAACAUUGUAGGGGAGCUGCUGAGAAAAGUUGGAAAUCUGGAGUCAAAGUUGGCGUCGUGUCGAGACUUUGUGUACGACACGUCUGUCAGCAGACCAGCCCUUGCGCCGGGCCCUGGUAGUCCUUCUGGUUUAGAAAGAGGCCCUGAGGUCCAAGCUAGCAGCAUGAGCCCCCCUCCUCAGUACGACAGUUUAGUGAAGCGGUUAGAGUUUGGACCAGCUCCUCCGAGAGGCGUCUCCCAGGGUGCCCAGUCUCCGCAGGCAGGGGUCAAGAUUCUGCUAUGAGAGACUGAGAAGGGGAAGCCCGUUCCUCCUCCAUUAACCUGACACCCCCCUCCCUGUCCCCUCUCCAUCCUUGAUAAACUACAGCAGUGGGACUUUGAACUGAGCUGUCUUCCCUUGUUGCCACGUGCCCUGCUGAACUAUUUUUGAACAAGAAAGCCACUCUCCUCGCUCCAUUCCCUUACAUAAUCAGCGCAUGGGCUUCUGCUGCCUCAGGCUAGUAUCACACACCAUAUCUAUGAUUAAGGAAGCAGCCCCACAGCUUGUGUAAAAUCAAGGAUCGGAGAAUAUAGUGCUCACACGAUAUCCUCUGCUGUAUCUUUGACACUGUGUGGUGGGUAGCGCCUUAAAAAAAAAAAAAAAGAAUUAAUAAAAAAGGAUCCCUCUGUGUCUACCGAUUUGCUCUCUGUGGUGGAUCAACAGGGUCUGUGGAAACAUUACUGCUCCCAGAAAACACAUUUUAGGGUGGUUGUUGCACUUGUCCAUUGAUCAUGAAUGAGGGAUCCGAAUGAAAGCCAGUGGUAUUAAUAACAGCCGCUGGAUAUGACCCCGAUUUAAAGGGACCAAGAACCUGGAGCGUUAUUUAUAAAAAGGUUCGAUCGUACAAAUAUCGUUUACGACCAUGUCCAAACCAAAGCUUUGAUAAAUGAAAAAACUAAUCAAAGAGAAAAGUAAUGGGUUAGGUUUUUUUUUUUUUUUUCUCUCUCCUUGAAUCUGAUAUAAAAACAUGGUAAAAUGUAGUUAAUAAUUUCAAAAACAAGCCUGUUUUUGUUUUUCAUUCUUUAAACUAUUGGCUCGAAUAAUGUAGCACUGAACGACACUGGCAUUAAUCAACGUCUGUUGUGGAGGGAGCUUGAUGUUGUCAAGAAGAGACUCUGUAUUUCCCACCGCUACAAACACGUUCUGGUCGCUGCCAGGAACUGGCGUCAGCAUUUUAGCCUUCGCUGCCUUCAUCAAUGUUAUUACCUCUUCAGUUUGUAGGCCUUUGCUUUGCUGUGACCGUUCAAAUAAAGGAAUAUGGGAUGUCUACUCCUCGUGCUUCCAGGUAUCUAGGAGUUAGAUGAUGUCACUUCCCUUCAGGCUAGUUUAAUGUCACAUGGUAUUCAGUUUGACCCAGAAUUCUUUCUAACACCUCCUUCUUGCCAUUGCACAGACUUGUUUUGCUGACUCAGAUUUUUUUUCUUUUUCUUUAUUCUAAGGUUUAUGAAUGUGAAGUAUAGGAAUAGGUUUUUCUGCCUCAGAGAUGAGAUGUUCAAUUGUCAUGCUGCUGAUUUAUGAUCCCGUGUUACCAAUAACUUUUAUACUGAUUUAAAGUUGACUGUAGGAGAUAGAUUGGCACAUGUUCACUACUGAAUGUAUAGAUCUAAUUCCCUAAUAGGUGUGAGACCUCGUGUCUGCCAUCGAGAGUUAUAUGGUGGGCGAAUGAGGAAAAAUACUGAGCAAUAAUAGAUUUUAACAGGUCAAAGAUAAGCACAGUUUAUAGUAUAUUUGUGUAGGUAGAUAGAGCCUAUAUUGAAUACCCGUUACCUGCCUUUUAGUAAGAGAUAUUGUAAAUGAGAAAAAAAGAAGUGAUUUAAUGUGACAGUUUUGCUUUUCCCUGAAAUGUUUCUGGUUAAUCUGUCACUACUGCCAUCCAGCAGCUCAUCAUGCAAAUAUUACAGUACAUGCAUAUCUAAAUAUCACGGUCAUCACUGUAUUUUUCAGUGUAACCUAUGUGUAGAGUUAACUUGUGGUUAAUGCAUAUUUGCUGUUUAACCUUCCUUGAACUAACAUGAACUGUAAUUGUAAUCCACAACCACUGUGUACUGGGUGUUUGUCUGUAUACAGCACUUCUGCAACUGCUUCUGUAUUUGGACUUUUAAACUGUACGUGCCUGAGGUACUAUACCGAACUUUUAUCCUGUUGUUUUUCUAUCGAACUGAACAGAUGAGAAAAAUGUUCUGUUACUGACCAAGACUGAAACAUUAAAAGGAGAAAAUCAA